AGAGAGACAUUUGGGUCCAAACUUUUUGCGCACACAUAGGGUCUGAAUUUUUGCCUUCAGUUUUUAAUUUAACCUCCGGAUCCCGACUGAUCAUGCUCACCGAAGAGGAACGAUAAGAAGAUCAAUGAAAAGGCGUGCUGGAUGUGACUCAUGUAAAUUAUGCGCCUGGCAGUGAUUUACUGACAGGGAGAGUGCUCCACCGGGCUGCGGUGAAUAUAUGGUUGAGCCUGGAAGCCAUAAGAUUUGUGAUAUAUCCUGUUCCAGUGAUAGUAAUUCAUAUCCAUUGUGAUGUAUAGCCACAUGUUAACAUGGAUGAUGAAGGUGGUGCUGGUGGUGUGUUCGCUUCUGCGCCUCUCCUCGCCACAGAGCCCCGCACCUGAAGGAGUGCUGAACUGCUGCGAGGGUGACGUCCUCUUUUUGGUGGAUUCCUCAGGGAGUGUGACGUCCUACGAGCAUGCCCGCAUGCUCUCCUUCUUGUCUGAGCUCCUGCUCCCCUUUUCGCUGGGAAAGGAUCAAGUGAGAGUAGGACUGCUGCAAGUGGGUACCAAGCCACGCCUGGAGUUUGGCUUUGACAGAUACAUUACCCAAAAUGGCCUCCAGGGGGCUUUGAAAAACAUAAGACCCCUCAGGGGGGACACCAACACAGUCGACGCUCUCAAAAUGGCUAAGGAGUGGGUGUUGCAACCCCGAACGCCUGAUGGGGCUCGUGAAAGCCUCCCAAGAGUGUUGGUGUGGUUGACUGAUGGGAUAAAACCAGGGGAUGUGAUUGGACCGAUGGCUGAGCUGCGGCAACAGGGUGUGGCAGUGCUGGUGGUCUCUACGGGGCACAGCAACUACAAAGUGCUGAGGGAGGUGGUAACUCCCCCUGUGGAAAACCACCUGCACUUUGUGGACCUUGAUGACAUGAGCAUCAUCACGAAGGACCUGCGGGAUGCCAUCAUUGAGAUAAUCCGAGCUGAGCGCCUUUACAUUCAAGACGUCUCCACCAACUCUGCCUCUCUCCACUGGAGACCCGUUCUUUCUGGUCUCCCAGGCUACUACGAGAUUCGCUUUGGUCAGGUUCACACUGGAGGAGGUGGUAGUGGAGGAGGAACCGGGACUAGUCCGAGCAUCGGUGGAAGUCAGUACCAGAGACUCACCCAGCCUGCAGAGUCGAACAGCAUCAAACUGACUGGCCUAAAGCCAGACACCACCUAUUCUGUCAACCUGAUUCCAGAGUCCAAUGAACUAACAUUCAACACACUCUCUACCACCUUCAAAACAAAGCCAGAGGUUGUGAGUCCAGCUGUUGUAACAAUCUCUGAUUCUGGGCAGACCAGUGUUCGGGUGAGCUGGGGUCCUCUUCAGCCAGAGACUGUCACGAGUUACUACAUUGAGUACUCCGCCCUGCCCAGGGGCAAUCUCCAGGUCAUCACCCUGGACCAAACACAAAACUCUACUGUGCUUAGAAACCUCCAACCGGACACAACUUACCUGGUCACAGUUACUGCCCGGCAUGCCUCGGGAAAGGAGAAAGCAAUGUCAGUCAAAGUUUGCACUCAAGAAGUAACGCCUGGCCUGGCCGACCUCCAGCUCACCACAGUGGGAAGCGAUUCAGUGCAGGUUGACUGGAAGGGCAGCGUGGGUGGUCUGAGGGGAUACUGGCUCACCUGGGAGGCGCGCCAAAGCUCUGCCACUGGCCAACGCUCCUCCUUCUACCUUCCACCCAAUUCUCUGUCGACACGACUCAUGCACCUCCCCCCUUUUGCGAGAGUGUGUGUGUCACCCAUUUACCGAACGGCGAGGGGGGAUGGAUUGUGUUGCACAGCACAGUUUCAUUCAGAUGCAUUGGGAUACGGCUUCCAGUCGUAGCAGCCUUGAAGUGCACGUGCACCUUACCAAACAAGGAGGAUACCCAGAAAGAAUGCUGACUUCCAACCAUAAUUCUUUUGCAUGCCUAGCCCCCUCUGUGGACAUUUUCCAGAAGAGACGUGGUUUGGCUCACGCAGUGCUCAUGUGGAAGUGACAGACAUGUGAGAAUGGUGUGGGAUAAACCUGGCUCACAUACUGACUGCCAAAAUCCAAAACAAAAAAGUACUAUCUGUUAUUAUUUACUGUCUCUACUAUCGGUAUUUUACCUGUAGCUAAUCUAAAAUGCUUUGAGCAAGAGAUCCAAACUUGCUGUUGGAAUAUUUCAGUGGUCUGUUUUUGCAGACUCAGAACAGGGGAGGCUGGGAAUGCUGAUGUUUUCUCUGGGUUGUUUUGCACAAGAACUUUACGACAUAUGCACACCAUGUGUCCUAAUUUAGCUUUUUUUUUUUUAUAACUCUUAACACUGAGGGAACAUCUGAUACACAUUUGCUAUAAAUAAUGUUGUAAAGUUGUACUUAAACCACUUCUCUCUCAACACAUGCUUUAAACCUUCCAUUGAACGCUUGAAUGUGCUCUGGAGAUUGCAGGAGGUUUAGAUUAAAAUGAACUUCUGGAUAACAGGAUCUUUGGCGUUGCUUUGAGCUAUAAACACAGAUUAGUCACGCACUCGGAAACCGAUGAAACAGAUGUGCAUAACUUAAAGUCACAUGGAAUCGGUGUUGUGAUGUUGCUCUAUAUUUCAUAUUUAUUUAUCAAUAACCUUUCAAGAACUAAUAACUUGGAGUCUCUAUGGAUCACCAGUUGACGUUGUUUGACUGUUACUAUUUUAUAGCUUGUGUUUGCUGCCCCCUACUGUAAAAUUGUGUACAAGCCUUCUGAAGAUCUUUCACUGCAUCUGUUUUUUGUUGUCUUCCAUUUAAAUCCUAUACAAGGUUUCAAUAAACUUACUUAAAUACA